AUGUUAAAGUUCUGGUUUAUUUUUGGUGCUAUAAUUUUUACCUGCAUUGAUGCAAAAUCUCGUUCGAGGGGUCGAAUGCUUCACGGAGUCGAUGCGGAGAAAGAUGAAUUUCCAUACAUGGCAUUCAUAAAGCAUCGCAAAUACAAUGAAUUUAUAUGUGGCGCAUCUAUCAUAGGAAAACGAUUAAUACUGACUGCAGCUCACUGUGUUGAUGGUCGAAAAUCUUUUCAAGUUGUUGUUGGAACGCACAAUCGUCAAGACGGAACUGCUGUUGCUCAUAAAGUAAAAAAAAUUUUCGUUCAUGGAGAUUACAAAUCUAGCAGUGGUAAUUUUAUCGAGAACAAUAACGUUUUUGAAAAAGAUGAAAAGUUAGAAAGUGAUAUAGCUAUACUAUUAUUGAAAGAUGAUGUUAUUUUUAAUGAUAAAGUACAGCCAAUCCGACUGGCACCCGCCGAUUAUAAAGUAAAAAACGUUACUGAAGCAGUAAUUAGUGGUUGGGGUUAUUAUUCCAAACGUGAAAAAUUAGCAAAGACGUUACAAAAACUUAAAGUUACAAUGGUACACCACGACAUAUGUAAGAGACAAUGGGAAAAAAUAUUACCAUCAACAAUUGAUGAGGGUAUGAUUUGCACAAGUAGUAUUAAUUCAGAUUAUUUAGAAGGAAUUUGUAAUGGUGAUUCAGGUGGUCCACUUGUAACGGAUGAUGGUUAUCAAGUAGGCGUCGCAAUAAUAUCUUACAAAUGUGGAUAUUCUUAUGUACUCCCAGAUGUAUACACAAGUGUUAUGUAUUAUGCUCAUUGGAUCAAUCGUAUCCUCAAUAAAUAUAGUUAA